AAGACUUAACUGAUGGUUCCUAUGAUGAGGUCUUAAAUGCCAAACAACUUGAGAAACUUCUCUACCUGCUGGAGUUAACUGAUGAUCCUAUAAUUGUUGAAAAAGCAUUGGUCACCUUGGGAAAUAAUGCAGCUUUCUCAGCUAAUCAAGCCAUUAUUCGUGAGCUGGGUGGUAUCCCAAUCAUUGGAAACAAAAUCAACUCUCUGAAUCACAGUAUUAAAGAGAAAGCUUUAAAUGCACUAAAUAACCUGAGUGUGAAUGUUGAAAAUCAAGUCAAGAUAAAGGUAUACGUCCAGCGAGUCUGUGAGGAUGUUUUUGCGGAUCCCCUGAACUCUGCUGUGCAGUUGGCUGGCCUGAGGUUGCUCACAAAUAUGACUGUCACCAAUGACUACCAGCAUCUUCUCAGCAGCUACAUCACUGGCCUGCUCCACCUGUCACUUAUUGGAAACGGAAGCACCAAGGUUCAGGUUUUGAAGCUGCUUUUGAAUUUGUCUGAGAAUCCAGCCAUGACAGAAGGACUACUGAGUGCCCAGGUGGAUUCUUCAUUUCUUUCCUUUUUUGAUGGCCACAUAGCAAAUGAGAUUCUUCUUCGGGCACUUACACUGUUUCAGAAUAUAAACAACUGCCUCCGAGUGGAAGGCUGCCCAGCUGGUCAGCCUCCCUUCGCUAAAGGGUCAUUGUUCUCCCUGCUGUAUGGAGAGGACUGCGCCCAAAAAAUGAGGGCUUUAGCCCACCAUCAUGAUGUGGAUGUGAAGGAGAAGGUUUUAGCGAUAAUGCCGAAGGUCUGAUUGGCUGCCCCUGCUUUUCUUUAGAGUCAUACAGUCAUAAGUCAGCACACAGCAGCUUACUGUCUAUCUAUCCUUCCUUUAAAAGUGUUGUUUAGCUGAUGAAGUCAAACAAUAAAAGUCCUAUUUUGUUAACACAGUUCAGGACGGUGAGCAGCUGUAAUCCAACAUGACAUUCAAACUUUGGGACUUUGAAGUAGCUCAGAUUUGGGGUUUGAGGAUUAGGUAUGAUCAACAGUCUACAAAUAUUCCAGUCUGAACAUUCAGAGGAUGUGACUCACUUCUGGGACAAAUGUUUAAGUUAGGUUCAUAGACUGAUUUGCUCUUCGGGUUUAUUUUGAUUGGUUUUAUUGGUAUCAAAUGAGCAGGAGAGAUUGUACUGCAGAUACUUACUGAGAUCUUAAUGGUUGCCUCACAUGGAAUGAGUGGCCUUUCUCUGUACAUUCCUAACUCCUGGAUUUUCAGCUGCUCAUGAGCCAGCUUUAAGUGCUGAGUGGAAGACUUUGAAGACUAGAACUGCCACAGAAGCCUUGUACCUCACUGAGCACAGUGAUACUGAGCACAAGACUCUGUUCAUCAUCAGAGUCUUCCCUCAUCAUUUCUGAUCAUAAAACUAUUUCCAUUCACAGGGAAUCCAAGUUUGCACCCUCGGGCAGCUGGUAAACCAAGCAGCUAGGCUUUAAAAGAGAUGGACCCGAGUGAGUUUGGCUGUACUCACAGGCCUAAGAAAUGGGUGUUUUUAAAAGCAUGCUGUAAAACAGUGUACAAAAAGAAAUACAUUUAUACAUGGGCAGACUUCUAAAAUGAUACGUAAACUUCUGGGCAUAGGACUGGGAGGUGGGUACAUUGGAUUUUCUGUGUGUACUCAUUUCUACUGUUUGGAAUUUUUUUACUGAGCAAAAAUUGUAUAAUUUUUUUAAUAAAAAUAAAAAUGCAAAGGUGUACAAAAUGUC